UGAGCCGCUUACCUGCCUGCAGAGACACCUUGGGAUUUUCUAUGCAGGACUCGCAGCUGCUUUGGUAAAACAUGGUGCCUGGAUUUUGCCUGUGGAGUUUCUGGGAAUAGAGACCUCAUGGAUUAUAUGAUUUCUGGGGGUGAAGGGGAGUGCGGCCCCCCUAAGAGGGAAGGAGUGAACGGAGAGGGAUUCAGGAGGAUGGCAAUCCGGAGAAAAUCCAACCCGGGACCUGUAACUGCCUCCCUGCUGCUCUCUGUGCACCCACAGGGGGAGAAUGGGCAGCAAACAGGCAGCAGUGUUCACUGUCCCCGAGUUCUUCCCAUCUGGAAUCCCGUCUCGGGCAGCACUGACCAGCUAGUGGAUCAGAAUGAGAAGGAGCAAAAGGUGAGAGGGAAGGAGCUCAGGAAAUCCCCGUCGCUACAGAAGCCCGCAGUUCCCCCAAAGCCAGAAAUUCUGACAUCAUCUCCGUCUCCUCAAAAACUCCAAACUCCCAUCAGCCGGACCUUUCCCAGGGGGCGGCCAAAGAUGGAGGACGUCACAUCCAACUCAGGGGAAAAGACUCCGAAGAUUUCUGAUCUCAUCAGUCGCUUUGAAGGCGGCAGCCCAGGCGAGAUCCGGAAAGCCUCUCCGAGCGACUUAAACAAUGGUCCCAACCAUAAGCCGAGAACCAAAGUGAUUCUGCAGUCGUUCACCGAGCACCCGCUCCUGCACAAACAAGGCAUGAGCCAGGACAUCAUCCAGGAGCCACCCAAGAUCAGGGCCAAUGGGAUCCCAACUCAGGCAGAACCUGAGAGGAAAAACACACUACCGUCUCCUGCCAUACAGACUCCUCCUCCAUCUCCCUGUGGCAUAAAGAGUUCCCCUUUGGGGACGCCAGAGGUUUUACCUGAGCCAAAAACUGCACCCCCCUUACCACCUCCCUUGCCCCCUAACAAGGCUAAUGUAGAGAGGUUGGUGAAUGGAGAAGUGUCUCAAGAGAUCAAGGAGGUGCCACAAAAAUCCACCAUUAGUGGUCAAACCAACAGAGGCUACGAGGAGACAGAACCUCCUACACCAUUGAGCCCAACCAGAGAAGCACUGGAGGAUGUCAGCAGCAUUAAUAUCACUCUUACCGAGCCCAGUGACGUUAAGGAGACUAACGAACAGAAACUUCACAACAUCGCCAACGAGCUCUUAGAGACGGAGAGAGCCUAUGUCAGCCGCCUGGAACUUCUGCAGACAUUCCACGAUGCCCUGAUGAAGGAAGCCAAACAAGGAUCUUUCCCAGUAGAAGUGUUAAAUAAAAUCUUCUCCAACAUUUCCUCCAUACAAAGCUUUCACGGGCAGUUCCUGCUGCCGGAGUUAGAGACUCGGAUGAAGGAAUGGUCCGUCGCCCCAAAGAUCGGGGACAUUCUACAAAAGCUGGCGCCAUUCCUGAAGAUGUACGCGGAGUACGUGAAAAACUUCGACAACGCCAUGGAAACCCUCAGAGGGUGGAUGGAGAAGAGCGUGCAGUUUAAAAAUGUCGUGGAAGAAAUCCAGAGAGAGGGGAAGUGCGGCAAUUUAACGCUGCAGCACCACAUGUUGGGGCCGGUCCAGCGGAUUCCUCGCUACGAGAUGCUGCUGAAGGACUAUCUCCGCAAACUGCCCGCAGACUCGCUUGACCGCAAAGAUGCAGAAAAGUCUCUGGAGCUCAUUUCAUUUGCAGCCACUCACUCAAACACAGCCAUCCGGAAAAUGGAAAAUCUGAAGAAGCUGCUGUCGAUCUAUGAAAUGUUGGGGGAAGAGGAAGACAUUGUCCACCCGUCCAAUGAGUUAAUCAAGGAGGGGCAAAUCCUAAAGCUCGCUGCCCGCAACACCUCGGCCCAAGAGCGGUACCUCUUCUUGCUGAACAACAUGUUGCUUUACUGCGUGCCGAAAUUCAGUUUGGUCGGCACCAAGUACUCCCUCCGCACAAAGAUCGGCCCUGAAGGGAUGACGGUCGUCGAGACUCAGAACGAGGAUUAUCCGCACACGUUCCAGAUAUCCGGGAAAGAGCGGACGCUGGAGCUGCAGGCCAGCUCUGAGCAGAACAAAGAAGAAUGGAUUAAGGCCCUGCGAGACACCAUUGCAGAAGUGCAGCAAAAGAACGAAACCUUUAAAAUUGCCAUUGCAAAAGAACUGGAGGAAACGCCCGCAGAAGUGUCUAGAGCUGAGCUCGGGCUGAGGGCCCCACGUUGGAUUCGAGAUAAUGAAGUGACGAUGUGUAUGAAGUGCAAGGAGCAGUUCAAUGCUCUGACGAGGAGAAGGCAUCACUGUCGGGCUUGUGGAUAUGUGGUUUGCUGGAAAUGUUCCGAUUACAAAGCCCCCCUUGAAUAUGACAGCAAUAAAAUGAAUAAAGUGUGUAAAGACUGCUACAAGAUCCUGCAGGGGAGCACUGAGAGUGAGGAGAAGGAGAAGAAGAGGGGCAUCCUGGAGAUUGAAUCGGCAGAAGUCUCAGGGAACAGCGUCAUCUGCAGUUUUCUCCAGUAUAACGAGAAGUCCAAACCGUGGCAGAAGGUCUGGUGCGUGAUCCCCAAGAAUGAGUCGCUGGUUCUCUAUAUGUACGGUGCCGCCCAGGAUGUGAAGGCCCAGGCCACUAUCCCGCUGUUGGGUUACACGGUUGACGACGCGCCCCGCCACGUGGACUUGCCCCACAGCUUCAGGCUGACCCAGUCCAAGUCGGUGCACACGUUUUCCGCAGACACGGAGGAGCUCAAACAGAAAUGGCUGAAGAUGAUAAAGCUGGCGGUCACUGGGGAGACACCCGAGGAAGUGGAGGAGACCCACUCAACCUUGGACGGACAGUUGGAACCUUCCCAUUAGUGAAACCCGCGUCUCUUUUAAUCAGAAUCUUAUUUCUAAUGGACAAAGUUGACCACGGUGUCAGGUCCAACUCUUCCGUGGACAGGAUUUUUUUUGUAUUUUAUGGCCCAGUUUGUUCUGGGUCAGUCCCUACCCAGAAAAUGGGAGAGUCCUUUGAUGUUCUCAGGCGGGCCUGAGCCAACCACUGUAUUCCUUUGGCUUAUGAGCCAUUCACAUUGAUAUCCCUUUACUGAGCUAUUCAGAUAGGGCAAGAUAGAGACAGUAAGACAAGAUGUAGGGCAAGAUGGAAACAGUAGGACAAGACUGAGACAGUAGGGCAAGACGGAGACAGUAGGGCAAGACGGAGACAGUAGGGCAAGACGGAGACAGUAGGACAAGAUGGAGACAGUAGGGCAAGACUGAGACAGUAGGGCAAGACUGAGACAGUAGGGCAAGACUGAGACAGUAGGGCAAGAGGGGGACAGUGAGACAAAAUGGAGAGUGUAGGACAUUGCGGAGACUAAAGGUAAGAUGGAGACCCCAGAGGCCCCAUCACCACUAGAGACAGCUCUGUGUAGAACCUGAUAGAAGAGGAAGAAACACUGGUGACUUUGGCUCUAGACCACAUAAAAAGUGAAGAAAUUAAAGUUGCACUACAUUGAGAUUUUUUUUUCUUUUUCCCUAAAAAAUUCUUAAUCAGAAUCUCUACGACUUAGCACAGGACACGGAUACAUAUACGCUGGAAUGAAAGAGACCUGUUUGCCGAGUUGAAAUAGGAAAGUCGGCUUGUGGACGGGGGAAUAAAAGAAUAAUAAUAUUUAGAGAAAUAAAAGUAAUAUAGAAUUUUCCUAAAGGGGAACUAUAUCUUAAGAUAAAGUUAGUCUAAAAAUGCUGCAUUUUAUGAUUUGGGUUCUGUACCAGCCCAAGGCCCCCACAACCCCUGAGCAUAUCUGAUCCUCCCAGUAGCCCCCCAUCUUUUUAUCUUCUGAUUCCCAACACAUGCUCUGGGCUGCUGAGCUUAGGGACCGUCUCACAAUAUACAGAAUAUAUACAAUGUUCUGCUGGGUGAUUUUCCCCCCACCCUUAAGUUUAGCUUCUCAGCAGCAGCCCAGAGCCUACUGAGCAUGUGCAGUGCCGCUGACACACAGAAGAUGCCUAACAAGAUCCAAGAUGGGGAGCUGCUGGGGCAACUGCGAAGCCCUGGAUCAUUACUGUUAUAGGGCUGCUGCACCUCCAGGAUGGUACAGUAAGUUCAGUAUAUCAAAUACACCAUUUCUUACCAUAGACCUUUUUAGGCUUUAGUUCUCCUUUAAGUUUUGUUUUGUACAGACGAUGAGGCUCAAAGAUUAUGGUGAUAAAGCACAGUAUUUAUUAAUCAGUGGAGGUCAUUUAUCAAUGCUGGGCAAAUUUGCCCAUGGGCAGUAACCCAUGGCAACUAAUCAAAAUGCUGCAUUCAUUGUUCUACUUACAGCUGGCUUUAAAAAGCUAAUCACUGAUUGGUUGCUUUGGGUAACUGCCCAUGGGCAAAUCUGCCCAGGGUUGAUAAAUGAGCCCCACUGUCUCUGGGAUAAGGCCAUUACAAAUGGGAUGUAGGUUUGCCACAUUCUGUAACAUAUAAAUAUAUUUAUUUACACACCAAAAUGCCUCAACUGCCCUGUAUCUCAAUCCUGGGCCACCAGACGUUGCCAAACUCCAACUCCAACCAUGCUUUUCAUUCCUACUCCUGCUGGGAAUUCUGGGAGUUGUAGUCCUGCAACAUCUGGGGGAACCCGAGGUUACAAAGCCCCACUUUGAGGCCAUAGGAAGGUAUUAAGCACAGAGUUUUCCCUGCAUUCUAGAUUUAAAGGGUAACAAUUAGGGUGAUGAUGAUGAUGAGAGUUGUUUCUUACUGUAUAUUAUGUAUGAUGGGAGUAGAUGUUUGUGUAUAGAUAAGGUUGUUAUGUUUUGGACAUGAUAAAAAAAAUUAUUAUGCCUUA